CCCCGGCGGCCACACCCCGCGGCGGGCCGGGGCCGGCGGAGGGGCGGAGGGAGGGGGGGCUGGCGCGGGGUGUCUCCGAGCCAGUUCUCGCGGUGCUGGCCAGGCUCAGCCUCCUUCCCCUCCCCGGCGAGCGGUGACUGUGCACGGCGGAGCGGGGAGCGCCGAGCCGGGCGCGGGGGGAAGCCCGCGCCGCCCCGCCGAGCCAGGAGGGAGGCCGCCGAGCAGCGCGGCCGCCCGGCCCGUCCCGGCCCGUCCCGGCCGCCCUGCCCCAUGCCCCAGCGGCGCUGAGCCUCCCGCAGCCCGAACAUGGCCACCACGGCAACGUGCACCCGCUUCACCGACGAGUACCAGCUCUACGAGGAGCUCGGGGAGCCUUCUCUGUGGUCCGCAGAUGUGUAAAGAAGAGUUCAUCACAGGAAUAUGCUGCAAAAAUCAUCAACACCAAAAAACUGUCAGCCAGAGGUUUUGUGGAGCACUGAAACACUGCAACAAAUUGGAUCACCAGAAACUGGAACGUGAAGCUCGAAUCUGCCGACUUCUAAAGCAUCCAAAUAUUGUGCGGCUCCAUGACAGUAUUUCAGAAGAAGGUUUCCAUUACCUCGUCUUUGAUCUGGUUACUGGUGGGGAGCUCUUUGAGGAUAUUGUUGCCAGAGAAUACUAUAGUGAAGCAGACGCCAGCCACUGUAUUCAUCAGAUACUGGAGAGUGUGAAUCACAUUCACCAGCACGAUAUCGUGCACAGGGACUUGAAGCCUGAGAAUUUACUACUAGCAAGUAAAUGUAAGGGUGCUGCUGUCAAACUGGCUGACUUCGGACUGGCUAUAGAAGUCCAGGGAGAGCAGCAGGCCUGGUUCGGGUUUGCUGGCACUCCAGGCUACCUCUCCCCUGAAGUCUUAAGAAAAGAUCCUUAUGGAAAACCAGUGGAUAUAUGGGCCUGUGGAGUGAUUCUGUACAUAUUACUAGUGGGGUACCCUCCCUUUUGGGAUGAAGAUCAGCACAAACUCUAUCAGCAGAUCAAAGCCGGAGCCUAUGACUUCCCAUCACCUGAGUGGGACACUGUGACUCCAGAAGCAAAGAAUUUGAUCAACCAGAUGCUGACAAUAAACCCAGCAAAGCGCAUCACAGCUGACCAGGCUCUCAAACAUCCCUGGGUCUGCCAACGAUCCACUGUUGCUUCGAUGAUGCACAGGCAGGAGACUGUGGAAUGCUUGAGAAAGUUCAAUGCUAGAAGGAAGCUAAAGGGCGCAAUCCUCACAACAAUGCUUGUGUCUCGGAAUUUUUCAGCUGCCAAAAGCCUGCUGAACAAGAAGUCAGAUGGAGUGAAGAAAAGGAAGUCGAGCUCCAGUGUGCAUUUGAUGCCACAGAGCAACAACAAAACCAGUAUAGUAAGCACUGCAAAAGAAACACCCCCAGUGCAGACGUCCAUGGAGCCUCAAACAACUGUUGUCCAUAAUGCUACAGAUGGCAUAAAGGGUUCCACAGAGAGCUGUAACACCACGACCGAAGAUGAGGAUCUGAAAGCUCCCCCUCUCUCCACCGGGGACGGCAGCUCAGUGCUUGAAGGACGGAGGCACAGUGAGAGCAAAACACAGACUGAGUCCAUGCAGUCCCAGCUUUCUCUCUGUUUCUCAGCCACUACACAGUCUUGUGAAGAGAAGCUUCUUGCCUGGGACAGCCCAGGGCAGACAUUGGAGUUAGAGCGUGCUCGGUCGGAGCCUUUGCUAACUCCAGUAGUUCCCUUUGUACUUAACCGUGCACCGUUGCGUAAGCAAGAGAUCAUUAAGAUAACAGAGCAGCUGAUAGAAGCCAUCAACAAUGGAGACUUUGAGGCUUAUACAAAAAUCUGUGAUCCUGGCUUGACCUCAUUUGAACCUGAAGCACUGGGGAACCUGGUUGAAGGAAUGGAUUUCCAUAAGUUUUACUUUGAGAACUUACUGUCGAAGAACAGCAAGCCAAUACACACCACCAUCCUGAACCCCCAUGUCCAUGUCAUUGGUGAAGAUGCUGCCUGCAUCGCGUACAUCCGCCUGACACAGUACAUCGAUGGCCAAGGCCGGCCCCGCACCACGCAGUCUGAAGAGACCCGCGUCUGGCACCGCCGAGAUGGCAAGUGGCUGAAUGUCCACUACCACUGCUCUGGAGCUCCUGCAGCACCUCUCCAGUGAGGAUCAAAUACGGCAACUUGUGGAGAUACUCAGCUGGAGGGCAAUAUCUUCUUAGCAAGCAGCUCUGGAGUGCCUGAGUGACAGCAACGGUCAUGUCUGUUUUGACGUUAAAAAAAAAAAAAUACAAAUUACAAACAGGCAGCAGCCAAAUGCACGAAACCCUGCAUGCAUCUGAUGCUCCGGGCGCUGCCUUUCUGUUGUUUUCCAUGGAUCCAUCGUGUCUGUUUCUGCUGUACGAAGGUGUUUUUAAAUCUUAAAAAAAAAAAAAAAAAAAAAAGAGGACAUGUUGUUUGUAUAAAAUAAUAAAAAACAGGAAUAAUGCUAAAUAAAUGACAGAUUAUCCAACAUGCCCCCUCCCCCAGGGCUAAGAAAAUGGCAGCAGCUGGAACAUCUUUCAGAAAUGAAGUGAGGGGGAAAGCAAAAGUGAAGGAGAGAGAAAGAGAGAGGGAGAGCAAAAAAGGAAGCGGCUUGAGCAGUGGAUGGCUGAACUGUGCUCCGCAAAGCCGUGGUGGAAGUUAACAUCGCAUUCAGGCUGUGCUGCAACUUCAGUCGGUGAGAGGUGGCGAGGAGACCCCAGAGGAGCCAGUGUGAAGACUGGGGUUCAAGAGAGAGGAGGCGCUUCUCUUCCCAUUGCCUGGCAGACUGACUUCAGCCUGUUUCUUCUUCAAUUUCUGCACAGCAAGAACGCUAUGGAAAGCUGGUUGCUCGGCUGCUGGAUCCCAAAACAGACUUUUUUUUUUUUUUUUAAAGAAAAAAAACCAAAAUGGGAUGUUGAGUUAAAACUAAAGGUGGAAGUAGGGAUUAAAAAAAAGGGUUUAAGUGAAUAUAACUUAAAUAGAAGCUUGCUCUUCAGAGAUACUGGUUUUAGAAACAGCCACUACCUGGCCAAACAUGGAGGUUUGAAGCCAGCUUAUUUAAUUUAACAAAACAAAAAAGCAUUGCAUUAAGAGCAGAGAUUUGGGAGGAAGAGGGUACAUGAAUGGGAUUUUCUUUUUUUUUUUUUUUCUUUUCCUUUCUAGUAGCAUAGUUGGGAUCCACAGUGCUGCAGAACACGUGUUCCUUAGAAAGCAGACAAAAAACUUAGUGUUACGUUCUUCAUGAAAACUUGCACAUACACUCCUAUAUGAGACAUAAAUAGCGUGUGUUUUUUAUACAGAAAUAUAUGCACCCAUAGAAUUAAAGGGGUUACCUGGCCUCCUGUUUGAUUUGUUUGGUCUCCGAGUAAAAUAGUAGUGGGAGCCAGCAGCCCCAGCCAGGUGCUUCUCCCCACCACUAACCCAUCUGAUGUUUGUAAGUGUCAUGUUUCCUAGUGUUUAUUUGGGUAAUUUUUCUAUUUUUUACAGUGAUGUUGUAACACAGAAAACUAUCAGAUCAGAACCUCAGAAACUAUAGCCGCGGGACUCCAGGCCACCUCCCUGUGUUGCCUCUGGGUGUUAGAGGAUACCUCGUGAAGCAGAGGGGAAAGGGAAUUAGCACAUGUGAUCUGAUGUUUGUCCUUUGGGCCAAUUCAUCUUCCUUUCUUUUCUUUGCUGUAAAAGGAGUCCAUUUUCUUUAUUCAUUGGGUGGGGAAUGUGGAAGUGUUUUGUUGACCUUGCCAAGGAGGGAGCCUAGCCCCAAGAAGAAAAUGGCCUUUCUGGUGGACCUGAUAGGAUUUGUCUUGACCAAGGGAAGGCAUCACUUCCAGAAGUUGGGAUGGGCUUUUACCUGAAUUUCUGCCUACCCCUAAUCAUUUUUCAGAUCUUUCGAGGGAGUUAAAGUGAUUGCAUUGACAGCAUACUAAGUGUGAGACGACCUUUUUACAGACUAUGGAAGAGAAGAAAGCCAAUUUGGAAUUUUAAUCCUUAUUUAACAGAAUGCAGAAAAUAAAAGCUGUUGCACAAAGUGGAGCUGUCACUUUGCAACAGAUAGCUCUCUGCUUCCUUUGUUGGAGAGGUGCUAUCCCACACCAGGAUUAGAUCAGCUAACCCCUGAUGAAGGAGAAGACCAUCUGUCCCCACUUCCCAGGUUUGUCUGAGCAAAUACCCUUUCCUUCCUCCCUCCGCCACCCCAGGGAGGAGUGUGGGGAUUGAACUCAUGGGGAGCAAACACUAGAUUUUAUUAUUUCAAAACCGUUUUAAGACAGCACUAAGCCAGUGAGUGAAGUGGAAAAGUGGAAAGCCUUGAUAUUUUAUUCAGAUUUUUUUUUUUAAGCCACAAAGAGAGAGCAAAAAGGAGAUUACAAUUAUGCCAUUUAAAAAAGAUAAAUACAAAACAUUAUGCAUGCCUUCUUUAGGUCUGAUCUUCCGUGUCUCUUUACCUGAUGAUUAUUAAUAAUUAAAAAGAAAACCCUCUGUAUUAAGUAUCUGCAUCUUACAGAGAAAAUUUUAAAAGAACAGAACUGUUGGGUUUUUUGGUUUUGCACAGUCUUGGAGACAAACUCUCUUUUGGUUUUUUUUGUUUGUUUUGUUUCCUUUUAAGUUAAUGAGAACCUUAGCUUGGUAUGGCCAUUACCAAACACAGCUGUACACCUUUAGCAUUCUUAAUGUUCUCUUACGGGGCUAAUAUAAGCAUCUAUAUAAUAUAUAUUAUAAAUAUCACAUUUUAAACAGGAAAUGGAAGGCAUUUGAUGCAGAAUUUUUGCAUGAUAUAGAAAUAAUUAAAGUUAGCUAGUGUUUGUUUGUUUGGUCUGAAUGUUGGUAGAACCUUCAUAGCUUUGUUACAAUGAAACCUUGAACUGAAGAUAUUUAAUAAAAUAACAUUUAAACAGUGCAAA